AUGGCGUCCAAAAAAACGGCCAGAACCAUCCUCGGGCUCGGAUUUGCCUGCUUUCUGUGGCUGACUCUCUUCUGUCCCGAUCGAUACAGCGGCGGCCUGCACGAAAUCACAACAUCCGUGUCGCUGCCGUCGCUAGGUUUCCUACAAGCGUCGUUCCCUAAGCGUAGCCAGAAACAUGCCGACUACUACGCCUCCCGAGCCGCGCACGACUUUUACGCUGCCCAUAGUUAUACCGUCUUUCGUCCACGCAGCCCCACGAACGAGCGUAAAGUAUACGACCUCAUCAUAGUUAAUUCCAAGCUUAACUUUCUUGAAAUCCGCCUUAACACACUAUAUAACUACGUUAACUACUUUAUCACUAUUAAGUCGCCUAAGACAUUCCAGGGCAAUAAGAAGCCGCUCGCGCCGCAUAAGGGCGAUGUCAUGAUUGUGGCCGACGUGGACGAGAUUCCGCGGCCUAAGACGCUCCUCGUGCUCCGGUCGUGCAACUACCCGCGACGGCUGACGCUGGCGUCCAAGUUCUACUACUACUCGUUCCAGUUUCUGCACGACGGGCCUGACUGGCCACACCCGCAGGCGACGUACUACCAGGGCUGGCGUACGCUGUCGCCGACUAACCUGCGUAACGGCGACGGCGGGUUCCGCCUAACGCGCAGCGGUGAAAAGGGGGUGCUAGGCAACGCGGUCUGGCACUGCAGCAGCUGCUUCCCGACCCUCGCGCAGUUCCUCAACAAGAUUGCCAGCUUCUCGCACGGCUGGAUGAACCGCGACGAGUACCGCGACAAGGACAGGAUCGCCGCGGCGGUGCGCGGCGGCACGGACUUGUGGGAGCGGGAUACGGAGACGUUUACCAGGAUCGACAAGAACACAGACGUACCGCCGAUGGUGCUGCGCGAGCCGGAGCGCUUCGGGUACAUGACGAGCCGCGAUGGCCCGUCGGCGGGAUUCACAGACUAUCCCUGA